AGAAUCAUGAUUGUUUACACGAACAACCAAAUGUUCUUAAAUAUUUAUGGGCUUUUUAACAAGAACUUACGAACAUCAAAAUUUCCUUUUAUAGUUUUGGGCUUUUUCACGAGUAGUGACAUCUCCAAACUUGAAAACAACCUAAUAGAAUUACAACUAGACUACUGAAAUGAGCAACAGACCGAGGAGCGCACGUCCGCUGACGUCUCGAAAUCCCAUCACGGGUGAAGAAAACCCUAUCAAUCGAACACCUUCAAGGGCAGACAACCCCAAACCAGCAACCCAUAAACCAGAAGGGAUUCCUGGGUUGGAUUUGAAGUACUUGAAGGAGGCAGACAACUAUGUGUACAAGCCCAUACAGAUAGCUGACUAUCCACUCAAUGAUGGGGGAGACACAUGCAGGACAGAUGUCAGUUGGGGAACUUCGGUGUCUGUGCGCAGCAACAGACCUUCCGACCGACAUGUGGGGAGUGGUCACAGUUCCCGCCCCCCAGGGCUGCCAGGUCUGAGGCUGGGAGAGGAGGAGACAGGGGCGAGGCCUGCACAGAGUAACAAGCCCACCACACCCAGGCCACUGAAACAGCCCUCUGCCUGGGAUGUCCCCCCAGUUGCGGACCCUGAAGGAGUGCCACCCCCUUCCCAGCGGCAGAAAGAGUUGUACCGACAGUACGAUCAGGAAAUGAAGGCAGGAUACCAGGCGAAAGGGGCCAGGGAGUUCACAGAGGAGGAGAUAGAACGUGUAGUCGCUGAGGUGAAAGAGAAACACCCAGCACUCAAUAUUGAUGCUAGUGAUAUCAUAGAGAAAGGGUGGACUCGACGUCAACAUGCUGCCACCAACCAGUACCUCAAGAAAAUGGAUGCUGAAGAGCUGUUGGAACACAACAAGAAACUGAAGAUGGUGGAGACAGUGAUGAUUGAUCAGCUGUCCAGGGCUGUCAUCAGUGACCCAGAUCAGAAUAUCCGGGCCCAGAUGUCCGCUGGCAGAAGACCCCGGGGUAGCAACCGGUCCCUGCACGACUCCAAGGUCUCCACAGCCCACACUGCCACUGAGAACCUUCUCUCCAAGAGGGUCAGAUUUGGUGCAAGGGUUAUCAGCAGGAACGGCCAUGAUGCCAUCCGUGAGCUGACUGGGUUCUUCUUCAAUGUUGAUAAUACCCUCACUAUCUAUGAGUUCAGGCAGUUUGGAAAGAGUGCUAAAGCCUUGCCAUUCAUAAGUCGUGGACGUUUCUGCCAUCUUCAUGGUCCAAGAAAAGGGGAGCCAUACACAUUAGUGGACAUCUGUGAUGGUCAUGACCUGAGUAUUUCCACGAAAGGUCAAGGGUCGCUGCCAGAGACCCUCAAAAAGCUGACUGAGGUCACGUUCCGAGUGACAGACGUGGAGGAGGAGGAAAAGAGGAGUAUACUGUUGGACAAAGUGUUGCCCCAUGAACGAGAGGACGUCUAUGCCCGCCUGCAUGUUCCUUCAAAGCAGGAAUACACAGAGAGGAUGGUCAUCAAGAGUAUACAGAGUAAUGUUCAAAAGAAGAUUCGUAAGCGUGCAAUACGCACCAUAACUGGUCUGGGCCGGUUUUACCGUAAAACUGACCAGUCUGGAACUGGGGUGAUGUACCGGUUUGAACUGGAGAAGGGGCUGUUUGAUUUCCACAUUGACAUGCCACCUGAGACACUGGAUGCCCUGUUUGAGAUCCUUGAUGAGGAUGAGAAGGGGGAGCUCGACUACAGCAUGUACAUGUGGGCAGUCAUCGGCAACAUGGUAGAGGCACGCAAGUCACUUGUCAGAAAGGCAUUCCGUAAAAUCGAUGCUGGCAAGAAGGGCUACAUUACACUUAGUGACAUCCAGAAGUUUUUCAACACCACUGGCAGGCCUGGAAAGGACGGUGGAGAGACGAGCCCCCUGCUAGGUUUCCUGGACGCUGUGCUGCCAGACAAGCGUCAGGAGGAGGUAACCUACGUGGAGUUUGAGGAGUAUUACGAGGGACUUAGCCUUGGUGUGGAGAGUGAUGAAGACUUCUAUGCAAUCCUACGCAACACAUGGACCAUAUAGACAAUAGCGCAUUGAAAACUUGGUCUAUAUAGCAACGGGAGAGGAUUAAGGCAGACAUUGGGAGGGGGAGCAUUGUGUCAACCUGAGGGGUGGGAGAGGGGCCCUUGACAAUAUAGACAGGGGGAGCCAGGGGGAGAAAUGGACCGUAUAGCCAGAAGGAGCAUUGAUGAUAGCUGAAUUGUCACACAUAGGAAGGGUGGCUGGGGCAUUUAUCAUGGCCAAUCACAAAUCUAAACGGGAAAGUAUUUACUGUCUGGGUUUGGAGUAAUAUUUCUUGAAAAAUGGGGUGAUGGUGGUUGUGUCCAUCUGUCUGGAAUUUGUGUUCCCUCUAUAACCUUUACAUCCCAGACAGGACUUUAGUUUCGCUAAGGAUUCACUUUAGUAGAACUUAAGAUUAGUAUUCCAUAUAACCAGACAACUUGUCAAACACAAGUUGCUUAACCCUUAAGCAAUUUUAUUUGUAUUUUGACACAUUUGUAGGUCUUUUGAAAUUUACAUUUAAUUAAAUACCUUUCUUACUAAAUUCAAGUUUUAAAGGCUUCAUUUCCAAGCUUUAGUUACUGAUGAGCGGCAAACAGCAUAAAACCUGUUUGCACAUAGCCAUUUUUACUUUGCUUUUGAGUGAUUUGUAAAGUUCAUGAAAUGCAGAAUCUGGGCUGUGAUGUUUAAAUGGCUUAGAGGUUGUGACCAAAAAAAAAAAUUAUGAUUCCCCGGAACCAAAUGGUGUUCAGUGUGCAAAAAUUAUGAUCUCUCCUGAUAGGUCAAGGUGAACAUUCAUGAAUAAGUUUGUUAAUAACUUAAAGGGACCUUUUCACAGAUUAUGGCAUGUAUUGAAGUUUGUCAUUAAAUGCUUUGUAUUAAUAAAUGUAAACAUUGGAUCUAAAAAGCUCCAGUAAAAAGUAAGAAUAAAAUUAAAGAAAGAAAAAAAACUCAAUUGGGCUCGAACCAC